CCGCAGGACUUUGAGUUUUGGUCAUUCUGCCAAAAUGCGCGUUCUAAGCAGGAUCUUGGUCGCGGUAUGCGCGAUUAUUACAUUGUCCUGUUGCGAUGCCUCCUCUGUAGCACCGAGGGCCAAACGAGGUGUAGUUCCCGGUAACGCGGCCUCUAGGCCUAAAGACACUAUUCGACGGUCUGAAUGCCGUAACGAUUACAACUGCAAGGCAUGGCCGAAGACUUCGUGCGGCAAGGAUCCGGUGGACGGACAGCGGCGGUGUCUGUGCGCAGAUCAAACGCAUCCGAUCAAUGACGAUUGCAUAACGUCCCCGCAAGAACUGGGAAUGCCUUGUGAGCGAGACAUCCAAUGCAUCCAGCUGGCACAUUGUACGCACAACAUUAGUGAAAUACAUGCAGACGUAAAAAUAUGUCAGUGUAGAGAAGAGUUUGCCGACGAUGACGGGACUUGCAGUAGUGGUGUUCGAGCAAUGGUAUCCAUAUGUUUGGCGAUUUUAGUUGCCGCCGUCUUGCAAAAUAACCACAAUUAAAUAGCGUAGAGUUUAUUGCAAAGAAAACCACAAUAGUAAAUUAAUCAGUAUCAAAUAAAACAUAAUAUUUUUCUUUUUUCAUAAUUUUUGGUAAAGAGUGGCUGACAAUGUAUUACCAACAGCUCCUCCAAACUGGAACGACGGAGUUGGUAUAGUGUGAACAAUUUGAAAGGCUUAAGGGAAAAACAAUUUUAUUCUUUAUUAAUAAAUAAAAUUAAUAAUCAAUAACUUCUUACCAUUGCCAAAUUGUUCAUUCAAUUCUAGUUGUGUCCAGUUACAACUAACAAUUAAAAACAUUCCAUUUGGUUGUAACAAGUUAA